UAAGACCAACUUCCUUAGCAACCACCUGACCUCUUAAAGGGGCCCUGGAGUAGCAGUGGCUGCCAGCCAUGGCUCCCAAGAAGAAGGCAAACAAGGGGGCCAAGGAGCAGGAGGUCAAGAAGAAGAAAGGUGGCAAGAAGGAUCCUGGCGUGGCCAUGGACAUGCUUUCAGCCGAGGAGAUGCGGGAGUUCUACCACAUCCAGAUCCGCGACCUGGAGGACAGGCUGGCCCGGUACCAGCGGAAGUGGGAUGAGCUGGCUGUGCAGGAGAAGCUGUUCCGCCAGGAGUUUGAGCAGCUGGCCAACAACAAAAAGGAGAUUGUGGCCUUCCUCAAGCGGACGCUCAACCAGCGGGUGGAUGAGAUCACUGACCUCAAUGAGCAGCUCCAAAGCCUGCAGCUGGCCAAGGAGAUGGAGAAGGAUGCUUUUGAGGCACAGCUGGCCCAGGUCCGCCAUGAGUUCCAGGAGACCAAGGACCAGCUCACCACAGAGAACAUUAUCCUCGGGGGGAAGCUGGCAGCCCUGGAGGAGUUCCGGCUGCAGAAAGAGGAGCUCACGGAGAAAUUCGCGUCACUGGAGGACCAGCUGCGAAGGCAGGAGAGUGAAUACAAGGACUACGUGUACAACCUGGAGAAGAAGUCGGUGCUGGACAAGGACAGAUUGAAGAAGGAGAUCAUCCAGCGUGUGAACCUGGUGGCCACUGAGUUCCGCAAGGUGACCACGAGCCAGAUGUGGGACACGACAAAGCGGGCCAUCCUGGAGAACAACAGCAUGAGCCUGCAGCUGUCCAGGGUCUCCCAGCACGGCAUGCAGCUGUUGCGGGAGAAUGAGCAGCUCAAGUGCGCCCAGGACAAGCUGUGCAGACAGCUGGAGCUGCUGGAAGACGCCAAGGAGAUCAUGGCCAGGCACAGCAGAGGCCACCAGAAGAUCAUUGUCAUGCUGACGGAGAAGUGCCAUGAGCAGCAGCACAGCAAAGUGGAGGCUGAGCAGCUGCGCCUUUUGCAAAGCAACCUGGAGCAGAGCCUCCUGCAGCUGCAGCAGGACGCGGAGGCACUGAGGAGCCAGAGAGACCAGCUGAGCGUGCAGCUGGAGCGGCAGCAGGCUAAGGUGCAGCGGCUACAGCAGGAGCUGACCGAGGAGCAGAAGGUUCGGGCAAGUCUGGAGACGGCUCUGGGCCAAGCCACCUCCUUCCUACGGAGCAUGCUGCAGAUGCAACCGGAAGGAGAGGACGGCGACUUCGAUGUAGUGUUCCAGCUGCAGCGCAAGGAGAUGCUGCAGCAGCUGCUGGCCAUGCUCAGCUCAGCCAUGGUCCUAAGCCUCCAGCUGGUUCCUUGUCCCCACAAAGACAGCCAGCCCCGUGGCUCAACCAAGGAGAGCCGGUCCAGCGCCCAGCCAUCCAAGAUGGGUUCUCUGCUGCAGCAGCUGUCCAACAUCACGCCCUACCAACUGGGGGACCUGGGCCUGGUGCCUCGACGGACCCACAUCCCACCCAACCCCGAGGACCUCAGGCUGCUCUCGCGCACCACCCGUGUGGGAGCCUUCCACACACACAGCGGCACUGAGGUGAGAGCGCCUGGGGACCCAAUGACAGCAAGAUGGCAGCCAGCCCUGGGUGUAGAUCCCAGUGCGGCCACACAGCACCUGGGGGGAUGUGGCUGGACCUCUCUAAGCCUCCAUUUCCCCAUCUGUAAAAUGGGCUGAAGAAAGGCGCGGCAA